UUCAGGAAGACGAAGUAAUGGCGACGAUACUGGGGCCCGAGUCCCCUUGGACGGGGGGAAAGAAAAGGGCUCGUAACAGGAAUAUCAUCACCAGAAUACGGCACAGUCAGAUCGCUGGCCAAGGCUUCAGCAGAGGGACGCAGCUCUCAGAAGCACUUCUUAAGGAAAGAGAUAAGAGGGCGAAAUGGCAUGGGAUUCCAGUCUUACUCCAAGAGCUGUACGAGAGCAGCCACCUUAACAGUGACUUUACUCGCACACACACUGUGCUGAAGGAGCUGUCAUCCCUGCUGUCAAUGGAGGCCAUGUCUUUUGUAACAGAGGACAGGAAGACGGCGCAGGAGUCUAGCUUUCCUAACACAUACACUUUUGACCUAUUUGGAGGUGUAGAUCUGUUGGUGGAACUUUUGAUGAGACCCACUCUCACUACGCUACAAAAACCCAAGAUGGAUGAUGACUUGGUUAAGGACUGCCUUAGUGUGCUAUACAACUGCUGCAUAUGUACUGAAGGGGUCACAAAAAGCCUCGCGUCUAGGGAUGAUUUUGUCUUAUUUCUCUUCACGUUGAUGACAAAUAAGAAGGUGUUCUUACAAACAGCUACGUUAAUUGAGGAUAUUCUUGGAGUUAAGAAGGAGAUGAUUCAGCUGGAAUGGAUCCCUAACCUGUUGGGACUGGUGCAGAGCUUUGACCAACAGCAGCUUGCUAACUUCUGCCGAAUCCUCUCCGUCACCAUCUCUGAGCCAGAUGUGGGAAACGAUGAUAAACAUACCCUCCUGGCUAAAAACGCACAGCAGAAACGCAACACCAGCCCCUCUCGGGCUGAAGUUAACCAGGUCACACUCCUGAAUAUCCCUGGCUUCAUCGAACGUCUCUGCAAGUUGGCCACACGAAAGGUGUCAGAGGCAACUGGAACAUCAAACUUUCUACAGGAACUGGAGGAAUGGUACACUUGGCUCGACAACACACUUGUGCUGGAUGCACUCAUGCAGAUAGCAACUGAUGAAGCUGAGCACAGCAGCACAGAAUCAUCUGAUGAGAGUACAUUGGCCACCAUGCCGCUGAGGCAACGUUUGCCACAGUCCAUGAAGAUCGUCCAUGAGAUCAUGUAUAAGGUGGAAGUCCUUUACGUGCUUUGUGUCCUGCUCAUGGGCCGACAGCGGAACCAGGUGCACAAAAUGUUGGCGGAAUUUCGUCUGAUUCCUGGCCUCAAUAACCUUUUUGACAAGCUCAUCUGGAGGAAGUACACUGCCUCUAAUCAUGUUGUCCAUGGACAGAAUGAAAAUUGCGACUGCAGCCCGGAAAUCUCCUUUAAAAUCCAGUUUUUGAGGCUUCUGCAGAGCUUCAGUGACCACCAUGAAAAUAAGUACCUGCUUCUGAACGCUCAGGAACUGAAUGAGUUGAGCGCCAUCUCCCUGAAGGCAAACAUCCCUGAGGUGGAGGCUCUGGUAAACACCGACAGGAGUUUAGUGUGUGACGGUAAAAAAGGGCUCCUUACACGUCUCCUCACUGUUAUGAAAAGGGAACCGCCAGAUUCUUCCUUCAGGUUCUGGCAGGCAAGAGCUGUUGAGAGCUUCCUCAGAGGGGCCACGUCAUAUGCAGACCAGAUGUUUUUGCUCAAGAGAGGUUUGCUCGAGCACAUCCUCUUUUGCAUCAUUGACAGCGGCUGCAAGUCCAGAGAUGUCCUGCAGAGCUAUUUCGACCUGCUUGGAGAGCUUAUGAAGUUCAACAUUGAUGCCUUUAAGAGGUUCAACAAAUAUGUCAACACAGAGGAAAAGUUCCAGGUGUUCCUCACGCAGAUCAAUAGCUCUCUGGUGGACUCCAACAUGCUCGUCCGCUGUAUCGUCCUCUCUCUGGAUCGCUUUGAGAGCCAGACAGAAGAUGUGAAAGUGGUUGAAGUUCUCUCCGAGUGCUGUCUCCUGUCUUACAUGGCUCGAGUGGAGAACAGGCUGUCAUUCCUUUUCAGGCUUGUUAACAUCAUUAAUGUGCAGACCCUCACACAGGAAAACGUGAGUUGUCUUAACACCAGCCUAGUGAUUCUGAUGCUGGCCCGGAGGAGAGGGAAGCUUUCGUUCUACCUGAACGCUCUGCGGGAGAAGGAAUACGCAGAGAAAUAUCCCGGCUGUCUGCUCAACAACUUUCACAACUUGCUGCGCUUCUGGCAGCACCACUACCUCAACAAGGACAAGGACAGCACCUGCCUAGAGAAUAGCUCCUGUAUUCCUUUCAGUUUCUGGAAGGAGACGGUUUCUGUACUGCUUGGAGAGGACAGGAAUUCUCCCUGUGCCAUUGUCAGCUAUAUAGAUGAACCUUACAUGGAGCUAGACAGGGACCUUUUAGAGGAUUGACAUUUUGAGGGGGUAGGGUUGGGAUUGAAGAGGGCUGGGCUGUAGGGCUGGGGGGGGAGGGGCUUGCACGUUCCGCUCUGAUUCAGUCUAGAGACCGUAUAGAAAGACCCCUGGCUCAUCGGACUGCAUGCAAUGGCUCAAUGACCCAUCCAUUCUCUACUCUGUGCCCAUGUUCCACUUCAUCUCCAGGUCACAGGGUGCAAAGGAUGUCCGACAGAGGAUCGCCCAUCUCAUCAUUUAUUGAUGGGAACGCAGUUCCUGGACAGCUGAAGCUGAACAUCUGAACUGAAACUGUCUCGUGUUUCGGUGUUGUUCUUUCGGUGCAAUUUCUAUACAGAAAUAUACAAAGAAAAUAUAUAGGCAUAUAAUGCAGAAAAUCUGUUCAUGAGGAGUUUUGAGUUUCAGCAUGGGAAGUGUCUUGGAUCGAAAAGAACAGAUACUGAUGAUCUGAGUAUCUAUGAGCUCAAGUCAGCCUUCAAUGUAAAAAGAGUUACUCUAUAAUUUAGGAUGAAAACGUCAAAAGAGGAUGUGUGGAAUUGAUGAUCAGGAAUGGGGUGAACAGCUCUCCAGCUGCGUCAAAAUCUUUGUAUAGAAUUGAUGAUGGAGGGCAAAGAAGAAUUUUGAAAAGUCUUAUUUAUUUUCUGUUUUUCAUGUAAAUUUGCUCACAUAAUGACAUUGUAAACCCUGUUUCUUUAAUACCCUCCAGUGUGUCCCUACUUUUAGUUUUUAUCAAUUACAUGCAAAAACAAAAUGACAUUUUCAGUUAUUGUUUUAAUUUUUUGUAAAAAUGAGUUUUUAAUAGUAGGUAUAAUCCCAUUGUUAAUUUCUGUCAACACUUUAUAUCUUGUGGGCACUGAAGGGGUUUAACAAAAAUAAACUAUGCAGGUUCACUCACACCAUGGACAUAAAUAUCUAGCUAGCCUUCAUCUCCUUUCUGCCAUCUGUUGUUUUUGUCACAAACUAAAUAACCAUCCUCUAACUUAACAGGCCUCGGCCGUCGACAAUCUUUGCUGCACUCAAACACGCCUCCUUGGUGACCGGGAACCUGCAAAGGUGCUGCUCCGCUGCGAUCGCUUUGUGUUGGAUGUGUUAUCUGAGCUAGACUAGAAGCGCUAAUCUAGAAACGUCCAAUCAACUACCUCGUUUCAUUUUUUCGUUUUCUAACCCACUCUUACAGUUUUAAGCAUGCUGCGGCUUUCUCUGUUGCACCAAUUUUCACUUUGUAUGCAAAAGUUCUUGUGUAUACAUGACAAUGUAUGUUUCACGAGAAUUGCUUGGCUUUUACCUCUGUAUGUUCGCAGGUUCUCUUAUGUUCUCCUGAUAUCAGUACUGUGUCACGGUGCUCUGCAUUGGCAAAACACAGUUUCGUACAAUUCAUAUUAAGGGUUUGAAUGCUACCAUGUACGAAUAUUUUGGGCGCUUCCUUUGACCCCAGCAAUUCCAGAAUGUGUAUAGUUUGUCCUAUAUUAUCAGCAGUGGUGUGAAUGUACUUUUUCUGAUGAGUGACAAUGUUAGUGUGACGUGAAUGAUUGCUGCAUAAACAUGCAUAGGAUAUCAAUGUCACUUAUUUGUUCAUCUACAGCUCUCGUGUCUCACAUGGGUUGGAUUAGUUUUAAAUAUUGACAUGUUCUUAUGUAGCUCUGUCUUGAUGGGGUUAAUUAAAACAAAACAAGGAAAAGUGAUAGUCAUGUCAAGACCAGAAAACUUGCUUUAAAUAAACCUGUUUUCACACA